AAAUCUAGCCCAGUCGCGGUUUAUCAGCCGAGCUGUAACGAAAAAGAGAGCGGAGGUGCAUGCUUCCAAGUAACUGCAGUGCCUCCUCCGUUCACCUUAAAUUUAAUCGUGGUAUCCGUCCUUUAUCCUUUGCAACGUAUUCAUUUCAAACAAAAAAAAGUACAAAACGAGUUGUAUAAAAUUACGCAUUCAAGUGUCGUCGUUGGAUUUCCACUCUACACUUUAUCGAUUAACUACUCGAGCCCCCUAAGCCAAAGGAUCGUGGAAUUGAAAAGGGUUAAAACUUGAAACACUGGAACCAGGAAGAUGGCGGACAGAUUGUACUACCCCAAUCCUGAAAUCGCGAAAAAUGCGCACUGCAGCAGCAUGGAACAAUACAGAAAUAUGCAUGAAAAGUCUGUGAAGAAUCCGACAGAAUUCUGGAGCGAAAUUGCAAAACAGUUUUAUUGGGAAACUCCGGCAGUGGAUGAUAAAUUCUUUUCAUAUAAUUUCGACUUGAGCAAGGGAGAUAUUUUCAUAAAAUGGAUGGAGGGUGCGUCAACGAACAUCAGCUUCAACCUAUUGGACAAAAAUGUGAAGAGUGGAAACGGCGACAAGAUUGCGUUUUAUUGGGAGGGCAACGACCCGGACGAUUAUUCACGUCUGACGUACAGAAAACUAUUGGAGGAAGUAUGCAGGUUUGCAAAUGUCUUAAAAUCCAAAGGAGUGACGAAGGGAGAUCGUGUUGCGAUUUACAUGCCUAUGAUCCUGGAACUGCCUAUUGCCAUGCUCGCGUGUACCAGAAUCGGCGCUGUUCACAGCGUAGUGUUUGGAGGGUACUCAUCGGAUGCGCUGGCGGAGCGUAUCAUGGAUUCAAAAGCGAAAAUUCUGAUUACGACUGACGGUGUGUGGAGGGGCGAGAAGCUUAUAUCUUUGAAGACGAUCUGUGACGAUGCUUUGAAGAAAGUUAAAAAGUAUACCCACGUGGUUGAGUGUUGUAUAGUAGUUGCACAUUUGAGAAGACUGAAUAAUCCACACGGUGCCAAGCUACAUUCAACAGAAAAAACGAAUGGAGUGAACGGUACGAGCGAUGGAAAUGAUUCUAACAUCCCACAAAUUCCAUGGGACGAUAACCGCGAUUGUUGGUGGCACGAUGAAGUGGAAGAUGCUGAAAACAAGUGUUAUCCAGUUUGGAUGAAUGCGGAAGAUCCACUUUUUAUUUUAUACACAAGUGGUUCCACGGGGAAACCAAAAGGCGUUCUACAUACGACGGCCGGAUACUUGAUCUAUGCAGCCACGACGUUUAAGUAUGUGUUUGAUUAUCACCCUGGUGACGUGUACUGGUGUACAGCUGACGUUGGUUGGAUCACUGGUCAUACUUACGUCGUGUAUGGUCCGUUAGCAAAUGGAGCUACUUCUAUUAUUUUUGAAGGGACACCGUUUUAUCCAGGAAAUGAUCGAUACUGGGCAGUCAUCGAUAAAUAUAAAGUCACGCAAUUUUAUACUGCGCCAACAGCAAUUAGAUCGCUAAUGAAGUUUGGAGAUGAUUUGGUAAAGAAACAUAAUUUGUCUACUUUAAAGGUUUUGGGUUCGGUUGGAGAGCCAAUUAAUUCUGAAGCAUGGCUGUGGUUUUAUAAUUUUGUGGGUCAUGGAAAAUGCAGUAUAUCAGACACGUUUUGGCAAACGGAAACUGGUGGCCACGUGAUCACUCCUCUUCCUGGUGCUACUCCAAUGAAACCAGGUUCUGCAACGUUCCCAUUCUUUGGCGUUUUGCCAGAAAUUCUGGACGAAGACGGACGAUUAAUCGAAGGCGAAGGCGAGGGAUAUCUAGUUUUUCGCCAACCUUGGCCAGGAAUGAUGAGGUCUCUCCAUGGAAAUCAUCAACGUUUCCAAAGCACAUAUUUCGAUAAAUUUCAUGGAUAUUAUUGCACGGGAGAUGGUGCUAGACGUGAUGCGGAUGGUUAUUUUUGGAUAACUGGUCGUAUUGAUGAUAUGUUAAAUGUGUCUGGUCAUCUUAUGUCUACAGCAGAAGUAGAAGGUGUAUUGACUGAACAUCCUUCUGUAGCUGAAUCUGCGGUAGUUAGUAAGCCACAUUCUGUCAAAGGACAAUGCCUUCAUUGUUUCGUUACACCCAACGAGGGUGCCAAAUUUGACAAAAAGCUUCAAGAUGAGCUUAAAAAGAGAGUGCGCGAGCGAAUCGGCCCCUUCGCUCAACCAGAUGUGAUUCAACACGCGCCAGGACUGCCAAAAACACGGUCGGGCAAGAUUAUGAGACGUAUACUUAGAAAAAUCGCAGCAGGGGAUAGAAACGUCGGUGAUAUAUCAACAUUAGCCGAUGAAAGCAUCGUUGAUGUCCUUUUUCAAUUGAGACCGCAGGUUUAAACAAAUGUCGACGAUAUAGCGUCAUUCAAUGGAAACGUAGUAGCUUAGAAAUGAAUGAUAACGACACGCUUCCGAUGACCGAUAAAUAAGUAAGACUUUCGAGUUAUUGAAUAUACUGAAAAGAAUAACGCGAGAAGUUAAUUUUAGAAUGCAGGGGAAUAUGUAACUUGUCGAAAUAUAGAGAAUAACUUUUGUUAAUAGAGAAAGAUCAGUCCCUGUAGUCAUAUUUUAAGAAUGAAAUUUUUAUUUUAUACGUCAGAAUCCCGUUCGUUAAUAAUUAUUAUUCACGUCACUAUUUAUGAAUUAUUUUAUAGACGUUUAUUACGCAAUAAUUGUUACUGCUUUCAGCCGAAUAUCGCCGGCGCAGUAUCUCUAACAGAAGUGCUUGAAAAAAA